CCGCGUCAAUAGCAGGAAAUGGUUUUUGCAGUGCGUGUUUUGUCCCAUUGAUGUGUCAGAGAGCUGUGAGUGACUGUUCUGCAGGGAUGUUGUGUAACAGCCUGGGUUUUCCUGUCGGUGUGGACUCGCCGGUGCGGUUCAGCGGAGAUGGCGUGGCUUAUGACUGCUCAACUGUGUAUGUGUGAGAGAACGAGAGAGAGAGCCUAGUGGUAGACCAGCCCUCACACGAGAGGGCGAAGACCCCUUCAGCUACCAGAAUUCAUGUCACAGAGCAGGAAACAACAGCAGAUGCGGGGUCGAGUCCGAAAAGCGGGUGCUGUUCUUAAGGAACGGGAUUCUCAUCACAUCACCCGGUCGUAUGAUGUGUUGUUGUUCGGAUUAUUCAGAUACGACUGCCUGGGCUGUACCUGCUACAGUAGAACAGUCUCACAACAAUCCCGUGACCCUGAAAACUUACACAGCUCUCAGAGAUGGGACAAAGUAUUUUCUAUCGCGCGUCUAGAUCCCUCCUCUGAUGCCGCUCCCGAGGUUUCUCCCGUUUUUCUCUCCUGAUAAGGUUUUGUUUUGUGGAGCUUUUCCUCAUCCGGAUCACGGGUCUGAGGAUACGAGCUGUUGCACAGAAUGCGACUGGAAAGCGCUCGGAGACAAAAUUAGGAUUUAAUCUAGGGCCAUAAAAAUCAAUCCGACUUGGCCGUAGGUCCAAUAAUAGGAAAUUGCUGUGGUCCGGCGCUCGUCUGUCAUGAGAUCCGCCAAGAGGCUCGUUCUUCACCGCUCUGAAGUCUACACUGUGGAAGGGGAGUCCCAGUGCCCAGAGACGGGCCCCCACCCAGACGGCUCCUACAGCCAGGCCCCUUACCUGCGUGGCUCGGAGCGUUAUAGCGACAGCAGCGCCCCGGCCUCGGGCCCCCGGGGGCCCACAUGCGUGUCCACCCCGAGUUCAACCAGCCUGGCCUGGUCCCUGCGCACGCGCCAUCAACCGGCCAGCCUGGCCCUCCGCAAGCAGGAGGAAGAGGAGAACAAGAGAUGCAAGGCCCUCUCAGACAGCUAUGAGCUCUCGACGGACCUGCAGGACAAGAAGGUGGAGAUGCUGGAGAGGAAGUAUGGCGGGUCCUUCGUAAGCCGCAGAGCCGCCAAGACCAUUCAGACAGCCUUCCGCCAGUACCGUAUGAACAAGAACUUUGAGCGCCUCCGAAGCUCCGCCUCCGAGAGCCGCAUGACGCGCCGCAUCAUUCUCUCAAACAUGAGGCUGCAGUAUUCUUUUGACGAGCGUCAGCCUCAGCAGCAGGCCCAGACGCAAACCAACUUCACCCACAGUGUGGCUAUCGGACCGCCUCACUCCCCAGAUCCAGACCGGCCCGGCGACUACACACACCUCGAGGAGUCCUUCUCCAAACAGGUGAAGUCCCUGGCUGACUCCAUAGACGACGCCCUUACUUGCCGCGCAGGUCGCGAUGACUCCCAGGAGGGCAGCAGGGAGAGCGGGGGUAUCGGCGAGGACUUCGGGGAGUGUGUGUGGAGCAGCAGCAGCAACCCGUCCUCCCAGAGGGGCAUCGGGCAGCGAGCACGGGCAGGUGGCGGAGGACUCAGCAUGCACGGGGACAGCACGGCUACCUCCUACAGUGACGUCACACUCUACAUGGACGACUGCUUGCCCUCAUCCCCACUGUCGCUGGACCGGGCCCCCAGCAGUACAGACACGGAGUACUGGGGACCCGGCGGUGGUGUCGGGGUACGUGAGGACAGCCGGGACACCGAGGGAGGUGGCAGCAGUAACAGCCGCCGAAGCACCCCAUGCACCGAGUGUCGCGACUAUCGCUUGCGGAGCACCCAUCUGCCCCUCCUCACCAUAGAGCCGCCCAGCGACAGCUCGGUGGACAUGAGCGACCGCUCGGACCGCGGCUCUCUCAGCAGACAGCUGGUCUACGAGCAGGAGCCGGGGGUCGGGGCCGGCUCCCCUCAGGGAACCCUCAAGCACUCUCCCAACACAGGCACUCGUACCUCCUCCACAGUGGCUGCCCAGGGUCAGACCCGGGCCCCCGGCAGACCCAUACCCACGCACAUCCCUCACCACAUUGCUCAUCACCACCAUCACCACCACCCGAUCCAUCACCACCAGUACCCAGACAUGCCUUCUUCGUCAUCCUCCCCUCAGCAGCCCCCCACCACGCCUCUGUCCUCCUCCUCCUCCAUGGCCAUGCCCCCCGGUGGUCUGGAGCAGCCGUGCUGCUCUGACGGCGACAACGACUCGCUCAACUCCACCACCAACUCCAACGAGACAGUCAACUGCAGCUCCGGCUCCUCAUCUCAGGACAGCCUACGGGAGCCCCUUCCUCCUCUGGGCAAGCAGACCUACCAGAGGGAGAGUCGCCACAGCUGGGACUCUCCGCCCUUCAACAACGAUGUGGUGCAGAGACGCCAGUACCGCAUAGGCCUCAACCUCUUCAACAAGAAGCCAGAGAAAGGGAUCCAGUACCUGAUAGAGAGGGGGUUUGUGUCCGACACCCCGGUUGGGAUCGCUCGCUUCAUCCUGGAGAGGAAAGGUCUGAGCAGACAGAUGAUUGGAGAAUUUCUGGGCAACCGGCAGAAACAAUUCAACAAGGAUGUCUUAGACUGUGUGGUGGAUGAGAUGGACUUCUCGGGUAUGGACCUGGAUGACGCCUUAAGGAAGUUCCAGGCUCAGAUUAGAGUUCAGGGAGAGGCCCAGAAAGUAGAGAGGCUCAUAGAGGCCUUCAGUCAGAGGUACUGUAUGUGUAACCCCACCCUGGUGCGCCAGUUCCAGAACCCCGACACCAUCUUCAUUCUGGCCUUUGCCAUAAUCCUACUCAACACGGACAUGUACAGUCCCAACAUUAAAGCUGAGAGGAAGAUGAAGAUAGAAGACUUCAUCAAGAAUUUGAGAGGGGUUGACAACGGCCAGGACAUACCCAGGGACCUGCUGGUUGGGAUUUACCAGCGCAUUCAGAAGUGGGAGCUAAGGACCAAUGAUGACCACGUGUCCCAAGUGCAGGCGGUGGAGAGGGUCGUCGUGGGCAAAAAGCCUGUGCUGUCCCUUCCCCACCGUCGGCUGGUGUGUUGCUGCCAACUUUACGAGGUGCCGGAUCCAAACAGACCUCAGAGGGCGGGGGUGCAUCAGAGAGAGGUCUUCCUCUUUAACGACCUUCUGGUGGUGACGAAGAUCUUCCAGAAGAAGAAAACCUCGGUGACUUAUAGUUUCAGACAGUCCUUCCCUCUGGUUGAGAUGCAAGUCCACAUGUUCCAAAACUCCUACUAUCCUCACGGUGUCCGUCUGACCUCAGCGGUCCUGGGCGGGGAGAGGAAGGUCCUCAUCGUCUUCAUGGCCCCCAGUCAACAGGACCGCACCCGCUUUGUCAGUGACCUCAGAGAGAGCAUUGCCGAGGUGCAGGAGAUGGAGAAAUAUCGAGUCGAGUCGGAGCUGGAGAAGCAGAAAGGCGUGAUGCGGCCCAGCCUGCUGACCGGAGGUGUGGUUGGAGGUGUAAACGUGAAGAGUGAUGUUGUGAACGGCACUCUGGGAAGACCCAGCCUCGACGACAACUACUCGGCCGGGGAGGGCCUCAAACGCACGGCGCUCAGCUCGUCACUCAGGGACCUAUCAGAGACAGGGAAACGUGGGCGCAGGAACAGUGUCGGUUCUCUGGACAGUACCAUGGAAGGCUCCAUCAUUAGCAGCCCACAGCCUCACCAGCGCUACCCAGUGCCGAGCGUGGUCCCCGGCUGCUACGGAACAGAAGACUACCGGCCUCACCGCCCCAUCCUGAGCCCCGGGACGGGGGUGGGGGGUGGGCCGGGGCAGCAACACACCACUGCUGGGACAGGAGUUGGGGGAGUCUCCAGCAGUGUAGAGAGAGCGGGAGCGGGGAGCAGCCCCGGGGGGAGCAACAACAACAGUGGCUCCUUCCUGGGGUCCCUGUUCGGCAGCAAACGCACCAAACCACCUGGGCCCCUUAUUCCACCGGGGCCACCUUACCCCGCUCCUGUCCCCCCACCGACUACGGGAGGGCCCCCUCCUCACUCCCCUUCAUCUCUGUGCCAGUUGGAGGGGGGUCCCUCCAAGAUCCAGGCCCUACAUGCACAGUACUGUCACACGGGCGCCGUGCAGCCACCGCCCCCAUACUACCAUCACCAUCGUUACCACGUCCAAACUGUCACGCCUCCUUUGCAGGGCGUGGCCCCCCACGCUAUUCAGAGAGGCCAGCUGCCCUGUCGCCCACUGCUUGGCCCCCUGCACGCCCAACACUCACCGCUGGCCCAUCUCUCCCAGCUCUCCCAGCAUGGGCUUCCAGGUCGUUACGCCAACAUGGUGGUGGGCUGCCCUCCCCCCCUUUCUCCUCACUCCCAACUCUCCCAGAACCCCCAGUUCGCCCUGUACCACGUGCAGCCCACACACUCUGUCAGAGGGGGCGGCGGCCCUGGCACCAAGCCGCCCCUAACCCUGUCUCAUUCCCACCCGCACCCCCACGCACACUCCCACACCCACCCAGGACACGUGCACACGCCGCACCCGGCCAACCACUCUACACACCAGACCCACUUCAUCUUUGGCACGCUGCCGCACCACCAGCCGUCCGCUGCCUCCGUCAAUGCCCAUCACGUAGCGCCCGCCGCCCCGUAUCUGCCCCAGUACCCUCCUCUCUCUUCCAUCCCCCCUCCCCCGCCACACUCCCCUUUACCCCCCCCUUCCUCCCCCCUUACCCCUCUUACGCCUCUCUCCCCUCACCCCCCCCAGCACCCAGGGCAACCCCAGCAGGGGCCGCAGGUGACGGGAGCUGCUGGGGGGACCGGUACAGGGGGCAGCUCCAAAUCCAAGCCUAUCAACCGGAUAAGUACCGUAGUCUGAGUCAGAUGUGGGGCUACAGGGGUAAGAGGUCAGACGAGAGGGUAGAGGAGAUGGGCAGGGCCAGGGCCAGGAGCAGGUCUACGAGGACGGAGAGCAACAGCAGCAGCACAAGCGACAAGAAGAAGCGCAGC